UUAGGUUAUGUUAGAAAUUCUCCGAACCAAACUUGCCGAUUCAUUUUGUCAAAUUGUUACUUAAAUUAGCUCUAAAAUUAACUUUUUUAACACAACAUUCUACUGAGUUACUGUAGUGGUUGUUUGCUGGUUUAUUAUUGUUAGUGUAUACGUUUCCUUUACAUACAAAUAAUGGCUAGACGGUAUGAUACUAGAACAACAAUAUUCUCACCGGAAGGAAGGUUAUACCAAGUGGAGUAUGCCAUGGAGGCUAUCAGUCAUGCAGGAACCUGCCUCGGAAUACUUGCAAAUGAUGGGAUUCUUCUGGCGGCUGAGCGUAGAAACACAAACAAGCUUCUUGACGAAGUAUUCUUUUCAGAGAAAAUCUAUAAACUUAAUGAUGACAUGCUGUGCAGCGUGGCCGGUAUCACAUCUGAUGCCAACGUGUUGACCAGUGAGUUACGACUGAUUGCUCAGAGAUACCAACUGCAGUAUGGCUGCAGCAUCCCGUGCGAACAGCUGGUCUCGUCUCUGUGUGAUGUCAAACAGGCUUACACUCAGUUUGGAGGCAAGAGGCCCUUUGGCGUAUCCAUCCUGUACAUGGGCUGGGACAGUCAUUAUGGAUAUCAACUCUACCAGUCCGAUCCUAGCGGCAACUACAGCGGAUGGAAGGCAACUUGUAUUGGCAUGAACAGUGCGGCCGCAGUGUCGAAUUUGAAGCAAGAGUAUAAGGAAGGCGAGACCUCCCUGGACGAGGCGAAACUAUUGGCCAUCAAGGUGCUCAGCAAAACUCUCGAUAUGAACAAGUUGACUCCCGACAAAGUUGAGUUGGCGACUCUAACCAGACAGAACGGAAAGACAGUCACUCGUAUUCUGCCGGCAAAUGAAGUGGAGACUCUGAUUGCGGCUUACGAGAAGGCAGAAGCUGAGGCUGAAGCAGCCAAGAAAGAGAAGCAGAAGAGUUAAACUAACUGUUGAAACAAUUUUUCAUCUAAUUUAAUAAAUAUAUUUCUUAAUUUC